AGGAUUUGCUGUCGAGAAAGAAACUUUUCUCAUAAAAUUUCUCAUCUCUUCAUGUUCUCUUCAUUACACUCCACAUAGAAUACAUAUAUCAUAUUUAAACAGGAACCCUGCUGCCUUUGUGACAUCAAAAUCAAAAUCGGACCGCUGACGAGAUCCAGAUCUCAGAUCGCCGACGAAAUCGAAGGAAACUGCUGUCGUAAUCUGGAUCAAAAUCGAUCGUUUAAUGGAGACCGACGAGAUCCAUGCUCCUCCUUCGCUCUCUCGUGAUCGAGGAUUCGAAUAGUUGGAAUAAAAAAAAUGAUGUUUUGGAGAGAGAGGGAGAGGGAUACGAGAGAUCAUAACGGCACUGUUCCUCUCUGCGGCCAAGUCCGAGUCUUGGUCGUCGGAGAUUCUGGUGUAGGUAAAACAUCACUGGUGCACUUGAUUCUUAAAGGUUCUGCCAUUGCUCGUCCUCCACAAACAAUUGGAUGUUCAGUUGGUGUUAAACAUAUUACUCAUGGAAGUGGUGGAAGCUCUUCUAAUAGCAUAAAAGGUGAUGCUGAAAGGGACUUCUUUGUUGAACUAUGGGAUAUCCCAGGACACGAGAGGUACAAGGAUUGUCGGUCACUUUUCUAUACACAAAUAAAUGGUGUUAUAUUUGUCCAUGAUCUCUCCCAGAGAAGGACGAAGACAAGUUUGCAAAAGUGGGCGACGGAAAUUGCAACAACUGGGACAUUUUCAGCUCCUCUUUCUUCUGGUGGACCUGGUGGUCUUCCUGUUCCUUACCUUGUUAUUGGGAACAAAGUUGAUAUUGCUGCCAAAGAAGGGACAAGGGGAAGCAGUGGCAAUCUUGUUGAUGUUGCACGACAAUGGGUUGAGAAGCAAGGCCUGCUUCCAUCCAGUGAAGAACUUCCUUUGACAGCAACCUUUGGCAGCACUGGUCUCAUUGCGGCUGCCAAAGAAGCACGAUAUGACAAGGAAGCUGUUACGAAGUUCUUUCGUAUGCUGAUUAGUAGAAGGUAUUUCUCUGAUGACCAACCUGCACCAAAUACAUGGUUGACACCUUCGCUGCAGAAUUCUGUGCAUCAAUCUAGUGAUAGUUUAAUUGAAGAUGAUCAAUAUAACAGCAGAUUGAGUUUAGGUAGUGACGCAUACAAGUACAACGCGGUGCCCCCACUUCCAGCUCAGCGGAACCUCACUCCACCAACUACACUCUAUCCUCAGCAGCCAUUUUCAGUCUCUGACAACUACAGUUUUCAGAGGCUCUCAUCCUCUGGAUUGUCAGAAAUAGGAAGCACCAGAUCAAAGCGAUCCGAUAUCAAUGUGUGAUGCAAUUAAAUUUGCGGACAUUUCUGCUUUGUCCUGGCUUUCACGCGACAUGUAUCCAUGAAAACAAUUCUAGCAGCUAAUUGCAUUUAAGAGCUGAUUGGGGAAGCUGUGAUCUCACAGUGCAAUGUUUUUUUUGUGAUUGUGAAAAUUGGCGUUUUGUUUGUUGCAAUACAUGAUAAUUUUGUAUUUUUUUGAUUGUCACAUUACUUAUAUAGUGAUAUAUAAAUCAUUCUGGAGCAUCCAAACAGUUUUUUCUAA